CCGGUUUGGCCCAGGUCUCUGAUUUCUCACUUGUUGGUCACACACUUGACGUCAAUGGGGGUGAGCAACAACAUCGUCGCAGUGGUGAACUUCAUCGCGAUGCUGUGCUCGAUUCCGAUCAUCGGCGCCGGGAUCUGGCUAGCCUCCAAGCAAGACAACGCCUGCGUCCACCUCUUCCGAUGGCCCGUCAUCAUCAUCGGCGUUCUCCUCCUCCUCGUCUCCCUCUUCGGCUUCGUCGGCGCCGUUUGGGACCGCCCUUGUCUCCUCGCCACUCACCUUUUCUGUAUGGCCGCUCUUGUUCUCCUUCUCCUCACCCUCCUCGUCUUCGCCUUCGUCGUCACUCGCCCUGAUGGUUCCUACCCGGCCCCUGCCCGCGCCUACAGUGAGUACCGCCUUGAGGGUUACUCCGGCUGGCUCAAGACCUACAUCCUUGACCACUGGCCUCAGAUCCGCGCUUGUCUUAGCGCCAACGACGUUUGUGGGAAGCUCGCCAGGAGGGAUGCCUUCUUCACCGCCGAUCAGUUCUUCCGGUCCGGUGAUCUCUCGCCCAUUCAGUCUGGAUGCUGCAAGCCACCAACUUUAUGUGGUUACAACUAUGUAAACCCUACACUGUGGAUAAACCCCACAAAUCCAAUGGCAGACCCAGAUUGCUAUACAUGGAACACUGAUCAGUCCCUGCUUUGCUAUGGUUGCAACUCUUGCAAGGCCGGGAUACUCGGUAGUCUCCGCCAUGAAUGGCGAAAGGCGAACAUUGCCCUCAUUGUCGCCACCGUUGCCCUAAUCUGGGUCUAUAUCAUCGGCUGCAGUGCUUUCAAGAAUGCUCAGACGGAGGAGCUUUUCCGUCGAUAUAAACGGGGCUGGGUAUAAGGUAUAAUUUUUAAUAUUAAUCUUUACUUGUUUAUUAUCUCUAUAUAUAUAUAUAAAUGUGCCAAUAAGAUGUUCUUGUACCAUAUUUAUGUAACAAUUGUUUUGCUAGUGUUUUAGUUAUAACAUGUAUGUGAAGUUUGCUUUCUUGUCACAUUAGUUGUUGUUGUUGUUGUUGAAGAGUGGAUGCUGGAAUUUGGUUCUCUUUAGAGAUGCUGUUUUUCAGUGUUUUAGUUGUGCUUUCUUUUCUUAAGCAUGGAAGAGAAUCUUAUCUGUUU